ACCGGCCGGAGAAAGCGGGAGCCGAGCGCUUCUGCCGCCCCCCACCCCCACCCCCCCCCGGCGCCGCAGCGGGCUCCCCUCGCCGCCCGCCCUGGUCGGCCGCCGCCCGCCCAGCCGGGCCCGCCGCAGGCCUGCGAGCGAGGCGGGAAGGAUGCCCCGCACGCCCCGCCGCUGAGCGAGACUCGGGGCCGCGACCGCCGCGCCGCGCCUGGCCGCUCCGCCCCGCCCCGGCCGCUGCUCGGGCUCCGCCGGCCCCGGGCUGCCCUCGGCCCCUCCCGCCGCCUCCCUGUCGCCGGUGGGCACCGGCCGCCGCCUCCUAGCCCGCCGCCCGCUCCGCCUCCCUGCCCAGGCCUUCCCUCGGCCGGCUCCCUUCCUGCGCCUGGGCCUCCGGGCUUCGCCCGCCUUGCCCCGCUCCCUUCCCCGCCCGGAGCCAUGUCCUCCGCCGCUCGCUUCGAUUCCUCGGACCGCUCCAGCUGGUACGUGGGCCCGGUGUCGCGGGCGGAGGCGCAGACGCGGCUGCAAGGGCAGCGGCACGGCAUGUUCCUGGUGCGGGACUCGUCCACCUGCCCGGGGGACUACGUGCUCUCGGUGUCGGAGAACUCCCGCGUUUCCCACUACAUCAUUAACUCCCUGCCCAACCGCCGCUUCAAGAUCGGCGACCAGGAGUUCGAGCACCUGCCCGCCCUGCUGGAGUUCUACAAGAUCCACUACCUGGACACCACCACGCUCAUCGAGCCGGCGCCCAGGUAUCCAAGUCCACUCAUAGGAUCUGCAACUGCUCCUACUAUGUCCACUGCAGAAGAAAAUGUGGAAUAUGUUCGGACUCUCUAUGACUUUCCUGGAAAUGAUGCAGAGGAUCUUCCAUUUAAAAAGGGUGAGAUCCUGGUAAUUGUAGAGAAGCCUGAAGAACAGUGGUGGAGUGCCAGAAACAAGGAUGGUCGGAUUGGGAUGAUUCCUGUUCCUUAUGUAGAAAAGCUAGUCAGAUCUUCUCUUGGGAAGCAUGGAAACAGGAAUUCCAACAGUUACGGUAUUCCAGAACCUGCCCAUGCUUAUGCUCAGCCUCAGACCACAAGUCCCCUUCCCUCAGUAUCCAGCACACCUGGAGCAGUGAUCAAUCCUCUGCCAUCAACGCAGAAUGGACCAGUCUAUGCCAAAGCUAUCCAAAAAAGAGUACCCUGUGCUUAUGACAAGACUGCGCUUGCGCUAGAGGUUGGAGAUAUUGUGAAGGUUACAAGGAUGAAUAUAAACGGUCAGUGGGAAGGAGAAGUCAACGGUCGAAAAGGGCUGUUCCCGUUCACGCAUGUCAAAAUUAUUGACCCUCAAAACCCAGAUGAGAAUGAAUGAUUCCCUUAGCCUGAUUCACACUGCUGCUUCAUUUUCCUGGCUAUCAUUAGCAUUGUUUGAGGUGGGAUGAUGACUUAAUGGCACAUUGCUAGCAUUGCCCAUUUUCCAGCUUGCUGCAGUUUGACAGUUCUUUUAAUAUACAUUUGGAAUACAUUACAACUGAAGUCACUGCCUGACCUUCAUACCAUAGUUACAUCAUCCAGAAUAUAGUUUCAUUUCUAGAACUAUAUUGGGCCUUAAGCUGGAGAAAACCAUACAGAUACAUAGGAGACAAGUAUGGGGUGUGGAGGGGGAAACCCUUUCCUGUUGAGACUUCCAUGGACUUACUCUGGCCUACUCAGUAAGAAGAACCCUAAUCUUAGAUCAAACAUAGAACCUGUGCAUUACUGUCCAACAAAAAGCAACAACAAAAAUGCAAUUUUAGGACUGAAGAAGACUUAGUUUUAAGAGAACCUGUCCUAAGGUAGUAUAUUCAAGAUAAGGGUCUCUUAAAGGACAAUAAUUGAAGCUUAUGUAUUCUAAGCAGUUGUAUUAGAAGCUGCUCUUUUGUGAUAACUCUUAAGCUUGUUGUUGACCUUCCUGAAACAGUGUGUGUUAAAUGCAAAUAACCAUUGAUUGAGCUGUGUUGAAGCUGAGGCAUUUAUUUAUAAGGAAGCUUAGGAGGAGUUGAUACUUACAGCCUGUUUUUGACAUACUUAAAGCAUUUCUGUUGACUUUGCAAGCACUAACUGUAGAAAGUGAGCUUUAAAGGGAAACACUUAGGCCUGGUCUACACACAGCUCUUCUACAAUGUUAAAGCAUAGUUUUAGUAAAAUAGAACUGGUCAUCACCAAGCUGUUGCUUGGCAGAGAGAUUGAUCAGGUUACCAUGGUAUGGAGAAGUAGGAAAGGAGUGCUACAGAAGAAUUUUAUAAAUACUGAUAAAAAUCCUCACAUUUAAAUAUGAAACCUUUUACACCCACUUCUCUGCAGACUCCCUUCUCUAUCUGGAGUUUCCUAGAGAUGCCAGCCCCAACUUGCUGAAGGCUCCUUUUCAAACACAGUACCUUUUUUCCCAGGGUGUCUCCAUGUCUUUUUGCUUCUUCUCUAGCAACACUUUCUUCUUGCUUGCUUGCAUCACAAAUUCCUUGCAUGUUACUGCCCAUUUCUCCCCUCCACCCAAAAGGGGGGGGGGGGGGGCUCUGACUUUUAUCAGCCCCAGAUCCCUCCCACUCCCAGCAUCCCCUAAGAAUAGGUUAAUUGGAGUCAGCUGCCUGGGUUCCCACAUGCAGUAAAUUUAGGCUCAGGUUGGAGGAGGCCACAAAGGUGUCUGUUAUCAAUAUAGGGUUUUUCACCCUUUUUCUGUACUUAAGGUGUAUUCCUGUAAUGGUAUCUACAGUAGGGAUUUACAUGGCUGCAGCUGCAUGAGUACACUUAAAGCCAUGCAGCUUAAGUCCUUAACCUGCAUACAGGACAUGAAAGCUUAGGUGCAGUGGCAUGUUUUGCCUUCUUCUUUAAAUGUGUUUUUAGGUGAACUGGAAUGCUCUUUUACAAAAUUGAACACUGAAUUAAGAGAAUACAUGUAUAUGCAAAGACUGUAAUUACAAAACCUCCCUUUUCAGACAUCCUGGUUAAAGAAAAAUAUCUGUAAAGCAGCUGCCCUGAUUAUUUCUUUUUUUUUUUUUUUAACUUUUGAAGGCUGCCAGUUAGCAAAAUGACAAAAAAUACAGAUACUUGCAGAAUUUUAUCAUUUGUUAUAUCAAAUCAGAUAAAAUUUAUCAUCAUAAGUUCCAGCAUGUGUUCUUGUUGAUUUGGGUCUCUUGAUCCUAGUAAAAGUAAGUUGUUCUUAGCUUCAUAUUGAAGUGCCACGAGAUCCUUAAAUGGGAGGCACCGAAGAAAUGCAAAAAUGGCAUUUACAAGAGAUUUAAAAUGCUGUUUUAAAGACAAAUUCUGCAUUUUGUCUAUUAGCUAUUUUCUUUAGGGUUGAUCAAGUGGCUGACAGUCUAUAAGUUCUUGUAGAGCAUUUUACUGCCAAAUUAACUGUGAAAUAGAGUAGUGUUGACUGAAGUGUUUGGUGCUGUAAGAGUAAUUCUUGACAAUAGGCAUUGACAGUUUGUCUUGCAAUGAAAAGCUAUGCAGCUAUCUUAACAACUAAAGAAAGUCAUUCUUAUUCCAUGCCCCAACUCACCUAUAAGUUUACUACAUAGAUUGUACUACUGAAAGUCAUCUUGUGAAUACAGAAACUGCACUAAGCUCAGUCUACUGCAGAGAAAUCUUAUUUCAGACCUGACCUAGUUAUAGGCAGCUGUCUUCAGAAGACUGAUUGUAGAAUUCUUCCUUUGCAUAUUAAAGUCCAUAAGUACUGUGAGAUUUGAGAUCUUGAACACAGCUUUUGGAUUAUUUUCAGUAAAAUAACUGUCUUGAUGCUUUCCCUCAUUGAAUAGGGUAUACACUUUGAAUAAGCAUUGUUUUAUGCUUAAGUUAAUGUUUUCAUGCUGCAGAAAAGCAAAACAUUUUCCUUCAAAACUAUGCAAAAUUUGUGUGUAGUGGUAUCUGAUGCAAAGAUAAGAAUUCUUAAAUUUCUGUGAACCUGGUUUUGGGCCACUGAUGAGUAAUGUUUCUCUGGGUAGCAGAGGUGUGGUUUACUGAUGUUACAUGUGGUUUAAAUGUAGCUUACUGAACAGGCUAAGCUGACUGUAAACUUGCAUCAAAAAUGUCCUUGCUAUUUUACUAUAAGACAAGUAUUUUCAUAUAAAGACUGUAUUUGAUCAGUCUGCGUUUCUCUUUGAAAGACUCUCUGGUUUCUCAAUCACUUCUUGCCUGCUUACAUAUGUGCUGUCUGUUACUUUAUGAAGCCUUUUAAAUUUGAGUGAUAACCUAUCAGUGUAAAUGUUCCUUGGGAGUAUAAAAGGUGUACUUACUAUGAAGCAUGGGAGUCUAUCAAGUGAUGGCUUCGAUCUAUGCACCAUUAAGUUGCUCAUGCUGUUGAACUAGCAGCUGGUUUAAUUACCUGGUGCCACAAUAGUUAACUAUCAUGAAAGGCUUACUGUUUGACUUCCUCCUGUUGUGUACAUGUGUAAAUAUACAUUGAAGGCUCUGACCAGUCCGAAAGCUUAAAUGAAAACUGUUUUAAUCAGUGUCCAUCACUGGAUAAGCGCUAAUUUAAUUCAUGAUUGUUUACAAAUUGGGAAAGAAUAAACAAAAGGGAAUAUCCUGUUUGGGUUGGGGCUCUGAAGAGCCUGAGCAUUAUUUUUGUAAAGGGAGAAACAGCAUUCUUUGUGCCAUUUCAUGUGCCUGUAAUAUAAUUUUUUUAUAUUAUAUUAACAUCCUGGGAAUGAGUGGGCUGCCUUUGUUUUCUAGUCAAGUUUUCAAGCAUUUUUCUCAAUACCUGCAUUUGAAAAUGAGACCUGCCUAAAAGACUGCCUUUUGGGACCAGUGAAAGCAUUCUUUUAUAGUUGUCAUUUUCUGUUUACUAGUGUUAAAUGAAAAUGUGUUUUGGGACAAGGAAACAAUUAUUGCAGUGAGAAAGGUGGCCUUGUAUUUGAGACAGUCUUCACUGUGUAAACUUUAAAACACAAUAUGUAAUUUAAAGACCAUAAACUUCAGGCAAUAAUAUUAAGUGUAAGCUUUUAAAGAUUAUUUUGGGGAUCAUAGCUUGUUUUAUUUUUUGUGCUAUAGAAUUAACAGUAUUAAAUGAAUUAUAUUGUUAGAAUAUAUGGAGUGUCUUCUCCUAAGAUUAGUGCCUUUUUAAUUUCUUACUCCACUUCUUUCAUAGAACUGGUCCCAACAUCAAGCCACUGUUUUGUUUUUUUUUUCUUUCAGUGCCCUGUUUAUACAGUCUAAAUAAAACUUGCAUCAACUUACAGUAUUAUUUGUUGUAUUUAGUCUUAAAACUUUGCUAAUAUUAGCAGAGUAUUUAAAUUCCUACUCUGCCAUUAUUAUAGCCUGCUUUGUUGGUAAAUGAGAAGGCUAACUGAAGUUUUUCAGAAUCAGUGCAAGAGUUAAGCAGGAGAAAACAUUGUCUUCAGACUGAGCAAUACUCCCAUAUUCCAUCCGUGUGCCUCUGUUCUCAAACUACUGCUGUGCUUCGGAGGUGUGCAUGGGAAAGCUCCGUCUCUGUUUAUAUGGGUUAUUGCUGUUUCCCCCACUGUCAUACCCAGUCCUUGAGUACUCUUCCUUUCACUGCCUAGCUCUGCUCCUUUGUAGAGGCUUUUAAAGGCCUCUGUAGAAAUCAUAACCUUCUUCUACUGUGAUAGGGUCAGCUGACUGUGCAUAUAAGAAUUAGUGGUUUAUGUAUACUGUUACGAAUUUAUCUUAAUUAUUGUUUUGAGUAAAUAAGGCCUAACUGAUGCACAUAGAAGAAAAUAGAAUAACUGGCACUUCAGCCACUGCUGAAGCUGCUGGCAUAAUGCAUUUUAAGUAAUUUUACAGUUCUGUAGAUCAAAACCAGGUCUGCUUUUCCUUUUUUGCAGUCAGUUUAGAUCAAGAACCGCUAACUAGAACUUUUAUCUAGUUUUUUUUCAAUAUUUUGGUAUCAUUCAGUUAAAUCUGUAAAAAUACAUUGGAACUUGAGAUGAUCCUAUGUAGGAGGAAAACUUAAGAGGAGAAUCAGACACUCUUAAUUGCUGCAAGCAAGAAGUAUAGAAAGCUUGUAUUGUUUUUCCAGCCUCUCUUUGUGGGUACAAUACAGUCUAUAGUGUUUGUCCUCUCUGAAGUCUAGAUUUCUAUGAUACUUUAAAUAAAACUAUACAUAGUGUUGUAUGGACAGAUUCACAUUUGACAUGUUACAUUUUUUCAGAGAAAACUAUUAGUAUUUCAGGUACACAAGCAAGUACAGGUAAUGUGCAUCUAGUAGGUUUGUGAAACCCUUGUUUCAAAUUACUUUGCAUGCCUUCAGCUUGCUAGCAGAAGAUGGAAGAGUUAGCUGUUCACUACAAUAGCUUUUUUCAUGAUAUCUUACAGAGCUCUUGCUUUACUAAUUAUGCUGCAAGAAGCGUCCCCCGCUAACAGCAGCAGUGUUUCCUGCAAAGUAAAUUACAACCAUGGGUGUAUAAACAGCAUCACAGAGUUUGUGGUUGGUAAGAUGCAUGCAACACGAGUGAACCUCGGUGCUGCACAUCCUUUCUAAUGAAAGGGCAGGCCACGAACCAUCAACCGACCGAGAACAGUGGCCUUGACUUGUUUUUGUUCUGGAUACUUCCACACUUCCUCCGCUACUGAACUGAAGCUUCUACAUACAUUUGUAUUAAGCAAUGGGAGAUGAAGCACUUUCAUAACCCGAGCGUUUGGGGAAGUUAGUUAGUUAUAGCAGUGUUCUUUGCAGGAGUGUUGCCCCUCAUUUCUGCCUCAAAAUGCAUGAGCUGUCAGUAAAUGUAGAUCAGCGCCCCUAGUGACUCCAAAUCUAAAUUCCCUCAUUUCGUGAUAUCCUGCACAGGCUAGAAAUACCCCAUUCUGGCUGUUGAGCUAGGAGUGCGUUGCUUUACUGGGGCAGAUUCUGAUUAUCAGACAGGACAGAUAAAAAGCUCGAGCAGGCUGCAGCAACAAGGGCAGAAGGGACUAUAAUGUGUCUCAGCACGUUGAAGUGCAGGCUGCUUCCUGCCUGGCCUCCCUGCAGCUGACUGGGCCCAAUUUCCAGGUGGGCACCACUUCUCCUAACUCGCUUUUGCACAGACUGGCACAGCCAGCUGCUCCCUGCACUCAGGGGUUGUAGCAGGAGGGCCCAACAUAGCAGCUACCUACAGCUCCAGCAGUACCCAAGUUUACUCAGCAGAAAGUCAAAGGUAAAGUGCAAGCAAGCAGUAAGUCAAGCUGAGUUUAUUGCUGAUUAUGGACAGCUAGGUUUACCUGUGCACAAAGUUUCACUAGUUUAAAUUUAACCACUUAGGUCAAUCCAAACAACAAACAGCCUAAGCCUUAGUUUUCAAGGUGCAAGCUAGCUGUGAUGAGCAGGGCUUGCCAGUUUGUCACCCUCAUUUAAUUAAUUAAUCCAGUGCAAUAGAAAACAUACAUUUAGAUGAAACCAAAUGUUUGCCUGCUUGAGCUUACACCAACAGAAAAACGUUUAAAUGCACUGAAAUAAAAUAUUCUUACAACAAAUCA